GAUUGGGCCUGCUCUGUGCGUAGGCUUAGGUGGGGAGAGUGAGCGCCGAGCUGCCGAUCGGGCUUCCCGGCAGGCACAGGCGGAAAAAGCGUACACUGAGCUGCUGUCGCCAUCUCCGGGCCUCCAAACGCCCCAGGUCUCUGUGCUGUAGCUGCCAGGGCCUGCAGGAUGUUUCACGGGAUCCCGGCUACACCUGGCAUUGGAGCCCCUGGGAACAAGCCGGAGCUUUAUGAGGAAGUAAAGUUGUACAAGAAUGCUCGGGAGCGGGAGAAGUAUGACAACAUGGCAGAGCUGUUUGCGGUGGUGAAGACAAUGCAGGCACUGGAGAAAGCAUACAUCAAGGACUGUGUCACCCCUAAUGAGUACACUGCAGCAUGCUCCAGGCUCCUGGUCCAAUACAAAGCUGCCUUUCGACAGGUUCAAGGCUCAGAGAUCAGCUCCAUUGAUGAAUUUUGCCGCAAGUUCAGACUGGACUGCCCACUUGCCAUGGAGAGGAUCAAGGAAGACCGACCCAUCACUAUCAAGGAUGACAAGGGCAAUCUCAACCGCUGUAUUGCAGAUGUAGUUUCGCUCUUCAUUACAAUAAUGGAUAAGCUGCGUCUGGAGAUCCGCGCCAUGGACGAGAUUCAGCCGGACCUACGGGAGCUAAUGGAGACCAUGCACCGGAUGAGCCACCUGCCCCCGGACUUUGAGGGCCGCCAAACAGUCAGCCAAUGGCUGCAGACUCUGAGUGGAAUGUCGGCCUCUGAUGAGCUGGACGACUCCCAGGUUCGCCAGAUGCUCUUUGAUCUGGAGUCAGCUUACAAUGCCUUUAACCGCUUCCUGCAUGCGUGAGCCUCACCGAGGCGGGAGUGAGACUGAUGGAGAUGUACCGCCCCAACUCCCCUGUCCUAGAUGUCUAUAUUGUCAGAAAGUUACCCCCAAUAAAGAUCUGUCUGACCGUCCUACUGUGGACAGCUAUGCUGA